CCUCUGCGGGUCGGGUUUGGGAGCGCGCUCCCGGAAGCCAGCCGCGAGCCUCGCCCAGCCACCGAGGCUGCUUCCCGUAGCCAGUUUUGUUAGUGCUAAGUUCGCGUGGGUCCUGACCCGUGGGUGGCGACGGCGGAGGUCGGCGGGAGGCUGCCCACAGCGCCACGCGCAGGAGCUACAUGAUGUGGAAAGUAAAAUCACUUGUUUGAUGCUUGGGAUGGGAGCAGAGAGGCAGGUGGCUCUGAAGUUUCUGGUGUGGUAUUGAUAGCCAAUUAGCUGUGUCACCGUGUUAUGAUGCCAUCUCGUACCAAUCUGGCGACUGGGAUCCCCAGUAGUAAAGUAAAAUAUUCAAGGCUUUCCAGCACAGACGAUGGCUACAUUGACCUUCAGUUUAAGAAAAGCCCUCCUAAGAUCCCUUAUAAGGCCAUUGCACUUGCCACCGUGCUGUUUUUGAUUGGCACCUUGCUCAUAAUCAUAGGCUCUCUCCUGCUAUCGGGCUACAUCAGCAAAGGGGGGGCAGACCGAGCCGUUCCUGUCCUCAUCAUUGGCAUUUUGGUGUUCCUGCCAGGAUUUUACCAUUUGCGCAUCGCCUACUAUGCAUCCAAAGGCUACCGGGGUUACUCCUAUGAUGACAUUCCAGACUUUGAUGACUAGCAGUCACCUCAGCCUUGAGAAGAGACACAGUGCACUCACUUUAAGACAUCAAGCAGAAACUAUGGCUAAGUCUGAGGAAAUCUACAAUUUGCAGAUGUUUACCAAAACAAUGGCCGGAUUGUAUGAGUCCUUUUCCAAAAUGCUUAUGCUUUUAAUUAGCUAAUUAGGACAUGUUAUGUUUUCAUCUGCUGUCCCUGGCAAAGCUUGACAAGUUUUUCCACAUGUGUAUGCAUCAUGUACUAACUGUGAGGCUAAUUGUCUGGGAAAGCAGGCUAUUCUAUAGUGGAAAGUGUUACCCUCUUUCGGGGUGAGCCUUCCUUUUGCCUUCUCGUCAGCUUGUUUUUGUAGCAUAUGAAAAAUGUAUUAUGUCUAGUUUCUUAUUACUAAGUAAUUUAUUUUUUAAAAUAUCUAUCUUAUCCCUUACACUCUCCUCUAUCUUCACAUUCUGGUAAAAUUAAAGUAUCUGUCUAAUCCCGUA